UUUUUCUCAGCCUGCUGCCUUUACCUUCUUUGUUCAUAGUUUCUUCGAUUUCAGCUUUUUUCCCCUUUUCUUCUUUCUCGUUGAUAUUAUUUUUGCGUUUGUUUGAUGUAUUGAUCAUAAUUAAAUAUGUACGUUGCGUUUCUUAAAUAAGUUAUUGUCUGUGUUUGGUUUGUUGUUCUCCUCAUCAAGUUUCUCUCUCUGUUCUUUGCCUUAACUUUGAUUCAAAGCAAAAAAAAAAAAAAUUCCUUUAAAAUACUGUUAAGUAUCAGAGAAAAUAAAAUAAAAAACAUGUCAAGCUCCACCAAUUCUGUACCAGAACAACUCUGCUACAUCCCUUGCAACCUUUGCAACAUCAUUCUUGCGGUGAAUGUUCCAUGCAGCAGCUUAUUUGAAACGGUAACAGUCCGAUGUGGGCAGUGCUCCAAUCUGUGUUCAGUAAACAUGGCAGCUUCGUUUCAAUCGAGGGCCGGAAAAGAUAUCCAGGUGUCUAGCUACACCUCAUCGGACUACAGAAUUGAGUCAGGGUCCUCCUCCAGAUGCAAGAACAAACAACUACCAAAUCGACCACUAAAUUUAAAUACCACCAUUCCAGAACGGGUUGUCAAUCGACCUCCUGACAAGAGACACAGGGCUCCUUCAUUGUACAACCAGUUCAUCAAAGAGGAGAUUCAAAGGAUCAAGCUGAACAAUCCUGAUAUCACUCACAGGGAGGCUUUCAGCACUGCUGCUAAGAAUUGGGCUCGAUUCCCUCACAUUCAUUUUGGACUGAUGUUGGAGACCGAUAAUCAACCUAAGAUCGGUGAUGACUCAACUGAGCCAUUCCAUCAGCUGCUUAAGUGAAUAAAUGGCUACGGAUUUUAUAAGAUCAUUUUACUUUUAUAUUAAAUCAUAUACAUCAUAUCCAUAAAUAUGCAUGUGGUUGAAUUAAAAAGGCUUUCAUUAUAAGAUCUGCCUGAACUUAAAUUUGUUUGUU